AAUAAUUAAGAUAGUCUUCUAGUAUGCCGACAACGAUUACGAAAUAUAGUCGCGUACGCUUCUCUAGAUGAAACGAUAAAUAAUAUUUGAAUUUUUCUAAAUAUUUUCGAUAUGAAAGAAAACUAAAACGACUUUGCAACAUAAACUUAUUAAAAAAACAAUUAAAAACGAAUGAUUGAUUGUUUCAAAACAGCCAUUGUGAAGAAUUUACUUGCCAAAGGAAAAACAAAAACUAUUUGGUUUUUACUUUGUAAAGAUCGAAAAAAAUGUUUGGAUGCUGAUGGAUAUUUUGUAAUGAUUUCAUAAUACAACGACCGAUAACGUUUUCGUCUUUACCUCCCUCCUUGCUUGUGAGUGUGUGUGCGCGCGAUUUAAACAAGAAAUAAAAAGAACUAAAAAUAAAAUAAAUAUCUUACAAGAACAUUGUAUUUUUGUUUUACAAAAGGUGGCAGUGUUUCAAAAUAAAUCGAAAGAUCUCAUCUUUAAAAAAAAAAAAAAAACCGAAAUAAGCUGUUGAUAUAAGUCAACUAUUCUUCAACAUUCAGCGAAAAUGGUAUCUGGUCGCCCACUUUUAUAUUUGUCACUGCCUGGUGUAGCAUUUAUACUUGGCGUAUUUUGGUUUCGGCGUCGGAAUAAAAAUCGCGGAGAAAAUGAUACGAAAAAACUAGGCAAUGGCACGAUAACGGCCGACAAGGAUUUACCAUCACAGACCGAAGUCACUGAGGAUCUAAUCACAAAAACAAAUACCACAUGUAAUAAUAACAGUAGUAAACCCACAUCCACACCCACAAAAUCAAUGAACAUAAACGGAACUAUACCAUCGGAUGAAGAGAAUCCCGCAAAUCGAAUGUUUGGCAAAUCGGCACCCAUUAAAAUUGUACAAAACGGUCGUGGCCCCUCACCGGUAAAACAAACGGCACAACAGCAACUGGAUUCGGAGGUUUUAAAAACCAAAAUUCAAGAUGCCGAACACAAGUUGUUGCGUUCCAUAGAAGAAGAUUUUGAAAAUCUUUCCUCUCCCGUCGAUCUACCCGAUUCCAUAAAUAAUCGUACAUCAUUCUAUUCGCGUAACGUUGAUAUCAAAAAAGACAAACCGGUUGUUAUAAUGGCCACGACAACACCCAAAAUUUCGCCAGAGAAUUCAUUUUUGGAAAGUAAAUAUACCAAAGACUGUGAAGAGGAUAGUAAUAAAUUAGACAAGAAAGAAAACCACAAUGAAAAGGACAACAACGCAUCGUCAUCGUCUGUAGGUGGCAUUAAUGGUAAUGGCGAGAAAAGCAUAUCCCCCUCGGAGAAAGUUGUUGCACAAACCAAUAUUGACGCUAAAAAUGCCACUGACGACUGCACAGACAAUUGCGGCACAACAAAUGUGUCAGAUAAACGUAAUGUUGAUGCCGCCAGCCCUUCCUUAAGCCUAUGUAGUGUGCAAUCCGGUGAUUCGGGUAAAGGUUCCAGUUUACCCCGAUCAGAGGCCACACGUGCUAAAACUACAUAUGAAUUCUUUUUGCCAGACAGCCUAGUUGGAUAUUUGUACGGUCGCCGACGUUCGUUUAUCAAUCAAAUCAAGUCCAAAACAAAUGCCACAGUAGUUUUACGCAAGAAGAUGUACCCCGGUAAAUUGCGUGUGUGUGCCGUUGAGGGUACCGAUAGUGAAAUACAAGCUGCUCUGGCAUUAAUCCGUCAACGUUUGCCGGCCAAGCGUUAUCCCAAAUUAACAAUGCAAAGAAUACAUUUUGCACUUCCACAAUCUGUAGUUCCUUUAUCAAACGAAAGUCUGCUUAAUCUUCAGCUUAACCUAAUCGAAGGUAUCAACAAUGAUGUAGUUGUUAGUGCUAUUAUCUCGGGUACCCAUAUAUUUGUACAACAACCCCUACAUCCCACACAUCCUUCGUUAGCUGUUUUACAAAAAUGUCUAUAUGAAAGCUAUACAACAACAGAUGCACCUCUAUUGCCUGGCGUUGAGUUGAAUGCUGUGUGUGUUAUGCCAGUAAAUGCUAUUUGGUAUCGGGUACAAAUUGUCGAUGGUGACGUUGAAGAUCCAGAGCGAUGUGUUGUUAAGUUUUUGGAUUUCGGUGGCUAUAUGAAUGUACACUUGAGUGAACUGAGACAAAUACGUUCAGAUUUCAUGACAGUACCAUUCCAAGCCACCGAAUGUAUACUCUCAAAUAUAGAGCCAAUAGACUCCUGCUGGACACCAGAAUUUGCUGAUAUUCUAUGUAGACUAACCAAAGGCAUUGUUCUGCAAGCACAAAUUGCCGGUUACAAUUCACAUAAUAUACCAGAAAUAUUUUUGUUCGCUUGCUUAGGCCCCAAUAAUGUUAUAUUUAUCAAUAAGGAGCUUGUUGCCAGAAAUCUUGCAAAAUGGGUGGACAUAAGAGACUGAUUAUAUCCCGCUAAGGAAAUGCAUACAGAAACAGAGGCUGCCGAUAGCAACAAUAAUAACAUUGAAUUGGACGUUGUUGUCGCUUACAACAGCAAAAUUAGCAGACCAGAAACAAAUCACAACAACAACAACAACAUUAACUAAGUUCUCAAAACGUUUUUACCAACAGAAUUUUAACACAAAAACAACACAUAAUACACUCACAUACACACACCCACACACACGCUCUAAUGGUAACUAUUAAAGCCACAAAACAAAUGCACUUAAGAAUUGUAAAAGCCAUAUAAUACCUUCAAAAGGUCUCUUAUCUUGCUCUCACUCCGCAAAAUAUUUGAAACUAUUUUAGAGUAGAACUCGAUGAGAAAGCCGCCAACCACCAUUACAGAUAUUUAAGAAAGGUUGUUGCUGCAACCAUUAUUUAUAAUAAUUAAUUCAAGGCUUUAGUCAAGAAUAACUCAAACAAACAAACAAACCAUUCACAAACAUUAAGAACAAGAAAGUAAAAUAUGCUAAUAUUUCAGCACUUUUAUUCAAAUACAAAAAGUGAAUGAUGUCAAAAAAGAAGAAAAAAAAAAGCCAAGAGUAGUUGUAGGAACAUCUGGAAGAGAACCACACAUGUUAUAUAAAAUGCAGUCAGUCAGUGCUCUUUUAACUUAAACAUAAAUUAACAUCAACAAGAACAACAAAAAGCUUUUAUGUAGGCAUCUUUUGUAAAUAUAUACUAUAUAGGAUUUAGUAAUUAAAUAUAGUACAUACACACAGAAACUGCAGCAGCAGAGGAAGAAGUAACAGAAGAAGUUUAAAAAAAAAAACAACAAGAACAGAAAAAACAAACUAUUUUAAAAUUCUCUUCUUCUGUGCUUAUAUUUUCAUAUUCCUCAUGCUCCUUUUAUUUAUUAUAUUUUUGUUUUUUUUUUUUAAUUUUGUUCAGCAGUCCUUUCUUAAGUUUUAAGUGACAAAAAACACACAGAAGUUAGUCAUUGUUAUUUUUCUACUUUCUAUGGCAAUUUCUUCCGCCAUACCCAACUUUACACCAUCAUAAUAAGACAAAAUCAGUCAAAUAUUAUCCUCUUAGUAUGCAAAAAACAAAGCCCACAAGUUUUCAUUGUGGUCGGUCUUUUCAAAUUCACUUAAAUCAUGGAACUUACCAUACUAUUACAUACAUGUGUACAUAACAUUUAUAUCCUUUUUUUAGUUUUGUUUUCUUUUUUAUACAAACAUACAAAAAAUAUAUAUUGUAAUUUCAAAACAAGAAUAAUUACUGUUAUGCGAAACGAGGAGGAGAAGAAGAAGACCAAGGCAGACAAACAAACAACUGGGUCAUGAGAAAAAGCUUAAAUUUGAAAAUUAGGUUUCUGACCAUUUUCAUAGCACAUCAAAAAUGUGGGUGUCUUUGGGAUUAGGUUUUCAGAGGAGUAUAGAGCAGUUUUUCCAUAGGAUUUUGUCCACUGCGAAAAUGUUCAAUAUACAGAAAGAGAGCUAGCUACAUAAAUUCAUUAUGUAACUUAUAAAUAAAAAUACACCUGACGUGCAUUUUAGAGAUGCGACUGUUUUCAAUUGAAUUUCUUUUUUAACACAAUUUUUUUAAUCUCCCUAUCACAAGUGUGAAAUUUAGUACCAAGCAAGAAUUCGGAACAAGAAUUCACUAGUUAAUUAGAAUUAAACAAGUGCUUAUGGUUCGGAAAAGAGAUGCGACUUUUUUCAAUUGAAUUUCUUUUUAACACAAUUUUUUAAUCUCCCUCAACACAAGUGGUGAAGUUUAGUACCAAACAAGAAUUCAGAAGAAGAAUUCAUUUUCUUAGAAACAUUAUAUCCAACAUAAAGCUACAAUCACGAUUGAAAUUCGUACUGUCGGUUUGUGGCUUGAUUGUAUGACCUCAGGAGGAUAUUGCAUAUCAAUUAAUACCGGGGAUAAAUUGAUUUUUGGCGUUAGGAUAUUUAUUUAACAUCGAGAAGACCAUUUGUAUUUUACACCACAAGUUGGUCAGCGUCCGUUUGUCCAUGUAUUUUUGUAAACAAAGUACAGGUCGCAUUUUUUGCCCGAUCUAGAUGAAAUGAAAUAUAUAUAAAAUAUAGCUCAAAAAUACCUUUGCCAAACUUUAUCGAGAUCGUUUCAGAUUUGGAUAUAGCUUCCAUAUAUAUCUUUAUCCAAUUUCAAGUUACUUGUGCACAGAAUUUAAAAGGCACAAAUGCCUCUGCAAAUUUGGUAGAAAUCGAUUCAGAGCAGGAUAUUCCUUUCAUAUAUUAUUUCCCUUGAACUUUAAAUUAUAAUUUUAAUCAUAGUUGGAAUGAUUAAAUUAUCACAAAUUCCCCAUAAAAAGUUUUAUUUUUUAUGGGAAGCUCUGCUAAAUAAAGUGAUGUAGGGUAUCCCAAAGUCGGCCCGACCGACUUUAAGACUUUCUUUACUGUUUUUUUUUUUUUUUUUGAUUGUUUUUCAUGGUGUCAAAACCUGAAUUCUCUUUUCGGUGUGCAUCCCAAGCAAUUGAUCUAUAAUUUUAGCAAUUUGACAAGGAACGAGGAGAAACGUUUCAAAAUUCAAAGUAACUACCCAUGAUUUUAUAGCUUGAUUCGCCGGUUGGAAAUUCAAAGUAACUUCCUAUGAUUGUAUUGCUUGAUGUGUAUCAUUCGGACCAGAAAAACGUUUAAAAAUUCAAAGUAACCCCCUAUGUUUUUAUGGCUUAUCAUUCGGACCAUCUUCUUAUUUGUACGCCUAAAGACAGCCUUCGAUUAAUUAUUAAAAUCAUUAUCUGUUGCCUUGUUUGCCUUUUCCUCCUCCACAGUGACAUGUUUCUUCCUUGAUACGUUCUUGAAAUAUCAAGUAUUUUUUUCCUUCUUAAUUAUUUUUGUUUUUAAAUUAACAUUUCUUCACAGAUCUUCAAUUUUAAAAAUUUACUUUUUUUGCUAGUAAUUUAAGCCGACAUUGCAAAAGAGGAGGAGUAACAGAAUAUAUAGAUACACAUAACAAUAAUAUUUAUUUUGAAAUUACAAUGCCUUUUUUAAAAUGAUGAUAAAAAUGGCUUUGUUAUAUUAUUAAAAAAAAUAUCUAAUGCUAUUAUUAUUUAGUUUCCUUUAUUUUUUUUUUUAAAUAGAAUGAUGAGAAUAUUUUGUAGGCUUAGUGUUAAUCUUUCUAAACGUAAUAUUAAUUAUUGUAUUUUAUUUUAUUAUAAUUAUCAUUUUAGUUAAAAGAACAACAACAAAACAAGUUAUUACAUUAACCUGCCGCCGGAGAGUAAGGGGUUGUGCUAUUUUAUUUUUGUAUACCUUGUCUCUAGCCCAGACCUUUUACCUAUCUAUUCUACAAAUAUCAUUUCUCACUCACUAUUAUAUUGUUACAUUUGCUACAUCUAUCCACAUUCAUUCAAACCUAUUUUCUUGUUUCAAUCAUCCAUCACCCACCACAACAUUGAAUGCAUCCCGUUGUAAAAUGAAGUAAUAAAAUGAAAGAAAGAGUAAAGUUUUUGAAAACAAAAAAUCCCAAAUUAUUAUUUUUUUCUAUUGACUUUUACAUUGGUUUUUCGGUAUUUUUUCUUUUUGUUACUAUGGGCAUUAUUUUUCCUAGAAAUAUAUAAAUAAAAAACAACAACAACAGAAUCCACAAACACACAAACAAUUUGUAAAAUAUUUCUAUCUAUAUACAGAGUAAACUCUUACCCACACACAAACACAACCAUUAUAUACAUACAUAAAUGCAUAUAUUCUUCGUUUUUUUUUUAUAAAAAUAAAUAAAAAUCAACAAAUACACCUAAACCAAGUAAUGAAAGAUUUAAAAACAAAAUACAAUGAAAGAAAGAAAUAUUAAAAUACAUUGCAUAUAUUUUUUGCUAUAUAAGUUAUUUAGAGUUUUACAUGAACAAAUUAUAUAAUGAUUAUAUAUAAUAUACAAAAAUAUAAAAAUAAAUAAGAAAUAAUAAAACAAAAAACCAACAAUAGGCAAACCAAUCCCAUUUUGAAAACAAAAAUCUACCAAAUUAAAAAGAAAAAUAAUUUAAUGCAGGAAUUUAAUUGAAAAGAUUGAAUUGUUAUAUACUUAAUAUACAACAUUUGCAAAAAGAAAAAAAAAACAAAAAGAAAA